AUGGCUGCCAACUACUGGGACUCGACUCAGAGGAAACACUGGCAGUUCACCAAGGAGCAGCUGUCGUCGAUGCGCCAGAGACUCGAGGAUGAAGACCCGGGUCUUGUUCAGAGCUUCGGCUUGCCGCAGUGGAGGCAUCUGAACAUCUUCUUCAAUCAACAGAUCAACCGGCUCGGCAAACGGCUCGGGGUCAGGCAACAGGCCAUGGCCACUGCCCAGGUCUACAUCAAGCGCUUCUACAUCAAGGUCGAAAUCAGGAAGACGAACCCAUUCCUCGUCAUUACCACAGCCCUAUACCUGGCUUGCAAGAUGGAGGAGUGUCCUCAACACAUCAGGUUGAUGAACCAGGAGGCCAGGAGUUUGUGGACAGACAUGCAACUGUUCCACGACCCAUCCAAGAUAGGCGAGUGCGAAUUCUGGCUAAUAUCCGAGAUGAACUCGCACCUCAUCAUACACCAGCCCUACCGCACCCUUACCAGCCUGCAGUCCAGCCUCAACCUGACCCAGGACGAGAUAGCACUCGCCUGGUCCAUCGUCAACGACCAUUACAUGACCGACCUGCCACUCAUAUAUCCACCGCACACUAUUGCGCUUACCGCGAUACUGCUCGCCAUUCUAUUUCGGCCCUCGCAGAACAGCAGCCAGGGCGGCACGGCUCAAGGGUCUGGCAGUGCAAUGGGCCAGCCCAACAUGGCUGGAAUAAACGCAGUAACCGCUGCCCUUGCACAGGCUCAGGCGCGGCAGACGCCCACUCCUGGCGCACCCCCAGGGCAGACGCCCACUCCUGGCGCACCCCCAGGACAGACACCAGCAGAUGCGGCAAACGCUGCACAAUCGGCGGCGCUCACCAAGGAGAAGGGCGAGCGGUACUCGAAAGUGCAGCGUUUUGGCCUGUGGCUCGCUGAAAGUAGUAUGGACAUCGAGGGCAUGGUCGACUGCACUCAAGAACUGAUCUCUUUCUACGAUUGCCAAGAGCAGUACAAUGAUAAGCUUACGCGGGAGCAGAUCGUGCGCUUCAUCAAGGCAAGAGGGUUGGACAAGGGCUGA